AUGCUGAAAAGUAACCAAAGGAAGUUAAAAAAAAUCAUCUUUGUCUCGUUCAUUUUAUUUUUGUUCCUCGCCCAAAUGAACCAGUGCAUGGGGACCAAGUGUCACCUCCCCCACGUGAUAAAUGUGUCCUGUAAAAGGGGAGGCGUGGCGGAAAUUUCGAAGGUGCGCUCAAGGGGGGGUAAAAUAGGGAUGUGCUUCUUCCCCCAGUGGGAGAAUCAAAAAGGAAGAGAAAAGACAAAACGGAUGUUAACCUUCGUGAGGAGCAAUUACACUGUUAGGAGGCGUGGAGGGAGAGAAAACGGAUGGGAGAAAUCCCCCUGUGAAGUGCCAACCCGUUGUAGAGCAGGUAAAGUGACGAGCAGCUCCGUUAGUGAUGUCCAUGGUGGAGUCAACCCAGGAGGAGGAGCAAUCAUCACGAGCUCCGCCGAAAUGAUGCCCCACCUGACGUUUAACUUCGAAGAGGAGUGCAACGAAAUCAUGGUGAGAUUGGGAAACUUCCUACAAGUAUCCCCUCAUCUGUUAUUUAAAGACGUUUGUGUAAAUCUGAACAAACUGUUCACCAACCUGUACACAUAUGACAAUGAAAAUGUUCCAUUCGCCACGACACAACAUACAUUGAAUGUAACAGACGACGUUAUCAAACACAAUAAGUUUAAAAUUUAUUGUGUCCUGGGAUUAAAGGUGUUGAGAAUUUUCCUCAUUAAAUAUUUAAGGAGCUUAAGAUUAUGCAUCCCUGUGGAAGUACGAAAAAGAUACAUCCUGGACUUUUUAAAAAUUAAAUACCUAUCGCAAAUAUAUGACCCCAAAUAUAAUUUAAUUAAAUACUCCACAUAUGAGCAGCUAUCAGAUAAGCUCAAGGCAAAGCUGAUUUACUUUUACUUAGCUUUAAAGCCGCAAGACGUUGCAAAUGUCCUCAUUAAAAUAUUUAAAGCGGCCAAUUAUAAGGAUGAGAAUGAAGUAUUGUACAAGUAUGUUUAUACUUCUAGGUUUACAUCCAGGGGGGGAAAAAGAUUUCACAGAAUUUUGUCCAAGGAGUAUCUUCAAUUAUAUGCGAAAGACAAAUUGGUGAAGAGGCACCGUUGUGAGGAUGAUUUGUUGUGGGUUCGAUUUUUUUAUCUUCUGAAAUUGCACAACCCGGACGUGGUGCAAGAGAAGAAGCUCUUGAAGCAGACCUAUCGCCUCAUCUUCAGCAAAUUGGGCUUCUCGAAUGAUGCUCUUAUCCACCUCUUUGAGCAGCGUGGCUUUCGCAUCUUUGAUGCGCGCCCCGUGGAGGAGAACCAGGCAAGCAGCGUGCACAGCUCCGACACGACGCCAAGUGGGACAAGCACAGCUAAAAGUAGCAGUGCACCCAACGCGCGCACCAAUCGGGAGAAAACCCAAAUCGGAGGAAAGAGAAAGGAGCAACUGGUCAGCUACUUGGGCAACCUCAAAACGUUUGUCUCCAACUACAUUCGCUGCAACAAGAGCAUACACCACAACUUCCACGUCCUGAAGACAAAUAUGGACGUUCCUAAGGACGCCCUUCACGACGAGGCCGUGACUCCGCUCACGAACGUGUUUCACGCUGCCGCGUGUGGCGGCCCAGAUGGGAGUGACUCCCCUUCGUCCCCCCCGGGGGAUGUCCAACUCUACUGUGAAACGUUUAUGAACAAUAUGAUCGAUUCGGUCCUAGACAUUAUGAUUGAGGCCGCAGGGUUCCGCGAUGUUGCCACCCUGUUCGGCAUAUACAACUCGCUCAAGGGGAGCAAGGACUUUAAGUUGGUUGACUUCAGGGGGAAAUUUUGA